AUGCGAUUCUCGCAUUUACUGCUUACGAUUUUACUUCUUUAUCAUCCGAGUAAUGCUUUUCAUCGAAUGUACGAAACGACAUGGGAUACAAUGAAUACCACUAUUCAUGCUUUUCAUUGUCUAUACAACUUACAUAUCGAGUACCGUUCGUCAACUGAACUAGAUCAUGAUUGGGGCACAAGUGGGCGCGCUCAGAUGAUGCAUUACUGUCGUCGAAAAAUCGCAAAAAUCAGUGAAUUAAUCAAACCGCCUCAUAAUCAAGUAGUGUAUGGAGAAGAAUUUACCUUCAGUAGCCUACGUGAAAUGGGUGUUUCAGCUCAACAACUGUACGACUGGUAUGCACCAAUGGAUACUAUAGAAGAAUAUAUAUCAGGUAAAAAUACAAGCUCUUUCUACAACUGUUCACAGACGAAGGGUAACUACUGGUUCGGACCAUGGUGUCAGUAUACAUUCGGUUCGGAAAAAGAUUUGGCAGAUAUCCUCAACGACAAAUUUCUUUUCCCAGUAGCACAUAAUACAUGUUAUCCAAUGAACGAUGGAAUAUGUGAAUCCAUUCUCUGUUUGGACUGGCGAGAAAUCUGCGACGGUAAAAUGGAUUGCAAGAAUGGAAUCGAUGAACAUCGUUGUCAUGAACUGGAAAUAAAUGAAUGUAAUCAAGAAACGGAAUACCGUUGUCUCAAUGGGCAAUGUAUUGAUAAAAUAUUUGUUUUGGAUAACGAGUUCGAUUGUAUGGAUGAAUCUGACGAAAGACUUGACAGAAAUAAGAGAGACUGUUUUCCUUUAUCCUUCAGUAAUUGCGAAGAUCGAAUAUGCCCAUCGCUGUGGUUUUCAUGUGGUGAUGGCUAUUGCUAUGAUGGGCCAAAUGUUGAUUCAGGUGAAGCAUGUUAUUCAAAACGUGAUCGUCUUUAUUUGGAACAAAUGCCGUCAUCAAAAUUCAUCUUAUUUUCACAUGUAUUCUUAAUUUAUGAUAACAUUCAACCAAAAUGGAUAUGUUAUAAUGAAACAUUAUGUCCAUAUCUAUCUUUGAAUAAACAUCUUCUAUUUGAAACAUUUACAUUCAAUGGCUCGAUAUGUCGAGCAUUUAAUACAUUUACAAAUCGAACUUACUCGGAAUUAUAUGAUAUAAUCAAAGAUUUCAAGAGUUUUAUUCUCUCGUGUUCAAUACCGGCUCAAAAAGAUUUAUCAAAUAAUUGUUCACUAUUUAAAUGUAAUGACAACAGUAAAUGUUUCUCAUUUCAUCGUCUAUCGGAUGGUUAUAAAGAUUGUUCCAAUGGCGAAGAUGAACGUCAGGAGAAUACAUGUUCACUCAAUAUUUCUCAUCGAUAUUCUUGUGAUAAUGGUACACGUUGUAUACAUUCAACUCUUCGUCUUGAUGAUACUAUUCAUUGUGCUGACAAAAGUGACGAAUAUGAAAGAUAUUUUUGGGAGACCUAUGGUUUGGAUCCAGUAAAGAAUAUAGCUUCUCAACAAUUGCUUUUGUUUUUCAACAUAACAUUUCCUAAAAUUUGUAAUGGCGUGGUCGAAUAUGUUGCUGAUGCUUUCAACAACACUGAUGAAACAGAUUGUUCGAUGAAUGAAUGGCGUUGUUCUACAUCCUAUUCGAGAUGUAAUGGAGUUUGGAAUUGUCCUGAUGGGAGAGAUGAACUCAAUUGUGGAUAUGGCACAUCUCCAAAAUAUGAUUGUGAUAAUUCGAGUCAUUUUUGUUUGAAUAUAACAAAUGGCUAUCCUAUGUGUCUCCCACGGACAAAAGCUGGUGAUGGUAUUAUCGACUGUGUAGGAUCGUUAGAUGAACGAACGUUUUGUCGUGUCACAUAUCCAAACGAUAUAAUGCGUCGAUAUCGAUGUCGCAAUUCAGAUCAAUGUAUUUCUCCAUUUCAAGUGUGUGAUUGUCAUCAAGAUUGUCCAGAAAAUGAUGAUGAAAUAACAGCAUGUGUUUGGCUCAAUAACAAUCAAGAAGGACAUUUUUGCCAACAAGAUCGUUUUCGAUGUCGUGAUGGACAACAAUUAUAUUGUCCAGCUAAUCUAUGCCAUUGUAGACAUCCCGAUGGUAAUUGUAAAAAUGAAGAACAAAGACUUUUCUGUGACUUGAUCGAUUAUGGUCUACCUCGGAUGUCAUUCUUAUUAAACUAUGUCGAAAAAUCUUCUGACAUUGAAAAAAAACAAGUUUCACGAAGUUUAUCGUUGUCAGAUGAUUUUAAAAGUGAGCCUUGUAAUCGAGGACUACUGGUUCGCUAUGCUCGAAAUCCAUCUGAUUUCUAUUGUUUUUGUUCCGAUCAUUACUAUGGUGAUUAUUGUCAAUAUCAACGUAAACGAAUUAGUAUUCAUAUUCGAUUACGAAUGAAAAGUUCUUUUAAUUCUAUUAUUCCAAUAUUCAAAAUUGUUCUUUUCUUAAUACGUCAAAAGAAUGAUUCGAUCAUCAUAUUAUCCCAUGAACAAUUUCUUUAUGCUCCACAAUACGAUUGUUUACAAAUGCAUAUUACUCACUUAUUAUAUCCGAUCAAUGAAUCAUAUUCAUCAUCAUACAAUCAUUCAGUACAUAUUUAUGCAUUUACUGCACAAAAUCUUGAACUUCGUGCUUCGUGGCAAUUUCUCUUACCACUGGAUUUUCUACCGGUUAAUCGAAUAGCGAAAGAACUUUUUAUAACCGAUAUUCCCAUAGCAAUGACACAAUUUCUGACUAUAAUAUCUACCGAUAAAUCUGCAUUCUGUUCAAAUAAUUCUCUCUAUCUGGGAUAUGAUGUCAAUCUUGGUCGAGAUAUUUGUAUAUGUCCUCUAAAUCACACGGGUCGUCGUUGUAUGUUUUCAUUUAAUCCAUGUACUCCAGAUAGUUGUAAUGAACAUGGAGAAUGCGUACCUAUCGAUGAACGCUAUCUAAACCCGAAGAGACAAUUUCUAUGUUUAUGUGAUACUGAGUGGGGUGGAAAACAAUGCGACAAAGCAAUGCCACGUAUUCAUAUAUCCUUUUCAUCAGAUGUUCUUAUUCCAGCAUCGAAUAUUGCACUCGUUCACUCCAUUUAUACCCAAGAGUUCACUCAUCAGGAAAUUCAUUUUCAUCAUUUCCAUGAGAAUAUAUUUGAAUUAACAAUAUAUUUGUAUCAUCUUCCGGAAACACUCGAUCUUAUAUUUGUGCAACUUUAUGAACAUCUUGAUCAAUUCGAUUAUUAUCUAUUGGUAGUAAGUAAUGAUAUACGUGAUAAGUCUGUGUUAGAAUCCAAUCAUACAUUUAAUCAAUCUGAUCGUUGUCAAUCGAUUGAAGAAUUAUUUAAUGCAACAGUGAUUGCUCAGCCUCGAUUGCGUCGUGUCAAAUAUUACCAACAGCCAUGUGUCAAUCAAAUAUCUGGAAAGAAACUUCAAUGUUUUUAUGAUGAUGAACUUAUGUGUAUAUGUGAUCAAACCAAUCAUGUUAAUUGUUUUAAUUUUAAUUUCAAGUCGUUUGGUUGUCCAUGGAACACAUGUAGCAAUCGAGGUCGUUGUGUUCAAAAUCAUGCAGUAUGUCCAAGUAAUUCUGUUUGUAUUUGUCAACCGUGUACCUAUGGGCCUAUAUGUCAGUUUUCUACAGAUGGAUAUUCUAUUUCACUCGAUGCUAUUCUUGGUUCACAUAUACGUACGACAUUCAAUAUUUUUCAACAAACAAAAAUCAUUCAAAUCAGUCUAAUAAUUUUCUGUAUUUUAAGCAUUAUUGGAAUUAUUCUUAACAUUUUUGCUAUUGCAACAUUUUCUCAGAGAACAACUCGUGAUGUUGGUUGUGGACUUUCUUUGUUGAUUUCAUCAUGUCUUGGAUUAUUGACAAUGAUAGUACUUAUGUGUAAAAUAAUCUCAUUAAUCAGUUUUCAACAACGAAAUGUAAGUUGUGCAUUAAUAGAAUUUCUACUCAAAUGGUGGCCAAUUAGCUCGGAAUGGUUAAAUGCAUACGUAGCCAUCGAACGAACAUUAACUGUUAUUCAAGGAACUUCAUUUUCUACUUCAGCAAGUCGAUGUCGAGCGAAAUGGAUUGCAAUUGGUCUGAUUAUAUUUCUUGGUUUAGUUUCUUCUCCAGAAUAUAUUUUUCGACAAAUAAUCAUUGACGAAUAUGAUGGACGGAGCUGGUGUGUUUUUACUUUAAAUUCUGAUCGUCGAGUACUUCAUAAAUUAUAUUCAAUUACCAAUAUCUUAUUAUUCGUAAUUCCAUUAACGAUCAAUUUAAUCUGUCCUAUUGUCAUUAUUCUGGGAACUAUUUAUCGAAAACAAAAAUCAUCUGCAUGUCCUAACGUUAAACCCAAGGAAAAGAAGAAUCAAACAGUCGUAGCUUUAAAUAAGAACAAGAAAAAUAAGGGUAUCCGAUUUAUGUGUUCGUUAGAUGGUAUCAAAGAACAAAUAUUGAAAUAUAAAUAUAUACUAACAGGACCAAUUCUAUUAGGCAUACUUUCUCUACCUCGUCUAGUAUUCGCAUUCAUCUUUGUUUGUAAGAAACUUGAUCGUCGGCCAUUGGCAAAUUUAUUUCCUUACCUAAUUGGUUUUUUACCAUCGAUGACAGUGUUUUUUGCAUACGUUCUCCCAUCUGAAGUUUACUACACAGCUUUUAUCUCAUUUAUUAAACGAAUUACACCACAAUCAAUUCUAUCAUGGUUAAAUACUCGGUGUCGUCGAAGUUAA